GCUGCCGAGCAGCGCAUGAGCCCGCCCGUCUCCCGCAGAACUCUUCUGACGCCCCCAACAAGCAAAUCCUGCGGCGCGUAACGCGAAUACCCAGUUUUAGCAUACACAGAUUACGAUGUCAAAGACGCCGAAGGGCCGAGUUCACUUCGGCGAGGGCCUGCCACCCGGCGAUGCCUCGCCCAGCGAAGUCAGCAACCCGCUUUUCAACGACGCUUACGGGGCUCUUCCAGACGCAUCGGCAGAAGCGGUCAUCGUGCAGAUUGAUGGAGUGUCGCAAGCCUCGCCCAGGUCUGCACCCGCCACACCAUCGGCGGUGCGCAAGGAUGCUGCCGGCGAUGAGCCCAGCGAUGCGUCGGCUUCGGACGACCGGGAGGGCGAAAGCGGGCAUUCGCAGAUGAGCCCGCACGAGAUGGCGAUGCUCAAGUACAACACAAGCGCUCGGCGACUGCCGCGCAUUGCGGACUGCUAUGUGGAGCCGCAACCGGCGGCCGGGCCCGCCGCUGCAGCUUCGCCCUGGGCCGGCCGGAUCUGUCUGGGUCUGCUGGUGCUGCUGGCACUGGGCGUGUGUGCCGCCGUCGUGCUGCCGGCCGUGUGCCUCACGGAGCUCCUCGACUUUGACGACCUGCCCAUUCUCAAGGAGGUCAAGCAGCUGUUGCAAGAACAGCACGCAGACAAGCUAGACCUGCUCAUCAACGACUUCGUGGCGGGGUCCUGGGUGCAGCAGUUGGAGGGACUCAACGGCCUGCCCCAACCGCCAACCGACUACAGUGCCAACGACCUAACCGCGGCGGGCGGAGACCCAGCCUCCUACACGGCAGCCGCGGCCAGUGCGGCUGCAUCUGCGGCGGCUGCGGCGGCGGCGGCAGCUGCGCAGGACGCUGCCGCUGACCAGCAGCGCCGCCAGGCCCAGUCUUCGUCAUCAUCUCCGUCUCCGUCUUCAUCUCCGUCUCCAUCUUUAUCUCCGUCUCCGUUUCCGUCUUCGUCUCCGUCUUUGUCUCCGUCUUCCACCGCACUCGGCGGCGGCGGCGCCGUUGCGGCCGACCCGCUGCAGGCGUCGCAGUGGCACCUGGACGCUGUGGGCGCGGCAGAGGCGUGGCGGGUGACCAGUGGCGUGCGCGAGGUGAUCGUGGCGGUGCUGGACACGGGCGUGGACCUGGCCCACCCCGAUCUGGCGCCCAACCUGUGGGUCAACACCGGCGAGGUGCCCAACAACGGCAUUGACGACGACGGCAACGGCUUUGUGGACGACGCGUUUGGAUACGACUUCGCCGGGCCCUGCUCCACAGACUGGCGCGCAGUGCCGCCGCCGCCGCCCUCACCGCCGCCGCGCCCGCCCGCGCCGCCAUCGCCGCCGCCCUCGCCGCCGCCGCCGCCCUCGCCGCCGCCGCGCCCGCGGCCGCCCUCUCCUCCGCCGCCGCCCAAGCGCGCGCCGCCGCCGCCGGCUCGGAAGACCAGCGGCCGCCGGCUCGUGAGCGGCGCCGCCGCCACCCACGGCGGCCGAAGGCUGCUGAGCGCUCUGUUGGGGUCUGUGUGGGGAGCUGGCAGUAGCGAGGCCCUGGAGGCGACCGAGUCCCUGCAACACGCCCAGCAGGCCGCUACUGCCGCGGCCGCUGCCACCAAAGAGGGUGCCAGUGGCGGCAGCAGUAGCAGCCAGGGGCAGGGGCGGCGGCGGCUGUUGGACUCGGCCCCAGUGGACCAGGUGUAUUUGCCCGGCAGGUGCGGCUCCGAUCCCGACCCGCGGCCCGAAUCGGGCGACACGGGUCACGGCACGCACGUGGCGGGCAUCAUCGGCGCCGUGAGGGGGAAUGGAGUGGGCGGCUCGGGCAUUGCGCCGGGCGUGCGUGUCAUGCCGCUCAAGGUUUCCGACCCCCAGGGUAACUUCUGGGCCAGCAACAUCGUGGCGGCGUACGACUACGCCCAUCGCAUGGGGGCGCACGUGGUCAGCUGCAGUUUCGGCCCCUACCAGCCCACGCUGAACCCCGACGCCAUCGACCUAGCCCAGGCGGCUGCCGAGACCCGGCUGUACGAGCGAGCCGUACGACCCCUGGCCGACAAGGGAGUGCUGCUGGUGGCGGCGGCGGGCAACGAGGACACCAACCUGGACCGGGCUCGGGCUGUGGGCAUGCCCUACCUGCCCUGCACCCUGGACCUGCCCAACGUGCUGUGCGUGGCUGCCAGCAACACCCAGGGCGGCAUAUGGCGGGAGAUCGUGGCCAAUCGCUGGGUGGGCUCCAACACCGGCCCCACCACAGUGGACCUCGCCGCCCCCGGGUCCCGCAUCGUCAGCACACUACCGGGCGCCACGUACGGCGACAAGACCGGCAGCAGCAUGGCCACGCCGCUUGUGUCCGGCUCGGCGGCGCUGGUGCUAUCCGCCCUGGGCGCCGUGGACGGCAACUACUUCCAGGCGGUCCGCGCCCGCAGUCUGCUGCUGGAGGGCGGCGACCCGCAGCCAGGCCUGCCGGUGGCGUCGGGCCGCACGCUCAACACGGCCCGCGCGGUGCAGGCGGCGGCGGCACUGGCGGGCACAGGCGCCACGCUGCUGACGCCCAUGCCGCUCGACGUGGGCGCCGCCUCCGGUGUGCUGCUGCGCGGCCUGUCAGACGACUACUACCGCCUGAGUACCGAGCAGCUGGCGGCGGCGGCAGCAGCAGAGGCAGCAGCAGCAGGUGGCGGCGCCGCCGCCGGCAGCGGCAGCAGUAGUGGCGGCGGCGGCGCAUUGACGACGCUGGGGCUGACGCCCUUCGGAUCCAGCGUGCGGACCGCCAGCACCCGACUGACCAGUUUCAAGUAUGGCGGCGCCGGCGUGCUGGUUGCCGUACGGGGCCACUUGCGGCUGCCGGUUCCGGGAGUGUACGGCGUACGGCUGGCCACGUCAGCGCCGCCGGCCCGGCUGGCGGUUACGGUUGGCCAGCGGCGGCUGGACUGGCGGCUGGCGACGGCGACGGCUGCUGCAGCUGCUACUGCUGCCAACGCCAGCAGCAGCCCGGGUGCUACUGCGGAUGUGGUGCGGGAGGCGGUGUUGCAGGCGCCCACGGCAGGCUGGUAUGACUUUGAGGUCCUGUACCUCUUGGCCCCACCCAACACCACUUCCACUUCCGCCACCUCCAACUCCAACUCCAGCACCACCGCCACCACCACCACCCCAACCGCUCCACCCGCGCUGGAGCUGAACUGGGCCCUACCUUCCAGCCCCCGCGCCUUCGGCCCCCUGCCCGACGGCUACCUGGGCCGCGGCUCCCUGGCUCGGCCAAUCGCCGUGCCACACGCGCCCGCCACCCUCCCCGAGUCCGGCGCCGCCCCCGGCGGCUUCCAGAUUCUGUGGCGGCCGGCAUCCAUGGACGUGGCUGUAGCAGACGAUGACAGUGACAUCGGCAGUAGCAGCAGCGGCAACGCAACGGCGGCGGCGGCUGCGGCGCUGAGCGUGGCGGCGGGCUGGGAUCCGGAUUUCUUGCUGUCGCGUGUCACGGAGGACACGAACCGUGGCGGGCUGAACCCGUAUUACCCCUACAGCUCAUUCGUUGACGACCUGUCAUUCACGGCGCCCGGAUCACUGUCCGCAGCCCUGGCAGGCGCCUUUGCUACUGGCGAUCCCGCUCCUGCGCCUGCUAAUGCCACUGCUACUGCCACCAACGGCACGAGCAGCAGCGGCAGCUCUAACGCGACGGCUGUUGCAAAUGUGACGGCGGUUGGCGACAGGACUGACGACUUCGGUCUGGCGGCAGCUGCCGUCGCCGGACCUGUGUACGGCAUAGCGCUGGCCUGGAUCCGCGCGCCGCCGCCUGUUGGCGCUGAUGGCAGCAGCAGUAGCACCAGCAGCAGCUCCGGGGCCCCCCAGCUGCAGUUCCGCAUCACCUGCUCCUUCUGCUCGCUGCACCUGGGUGGAAUGCUGGUGGCGGAGGUGGUGGACGGCAGUAGCAGCAGCAGCAGCAGCAGCAGCGGCAGUAGCAGCCCGGCUCUGAGCGGCACGGUCUCGACGCGCCUGUCCCCGUGCAUCUCCCUCGCCGCCCUGCGCGCCAUCCCCACCCCCAGCUCCGGCAGUAGCACCAGCACCAGCAGCGGCAGCGGCAGUAGCAACGCGACGGCGGCGCCGCCGCAACUCACGGAGCCGGCGACGUACGCGCUGCAGCUGCGCUUUGCGGUCCGGAGCGUCGCUGCCGCGGCCCUGGUGGUGCAGUGGGGCGCCUGCAUCCCCACCAACCCCACCUCCUCCACCGCCUCCACCAUCACUUCGGCCGCCUCCGCCUUGGCGCCAGUGGCGGCGCCGCCUCCGCCUCCGCCGCCGUCGGGCCCUGUGGUGUACCAGCGGCUGUCCCCACUGCUGGCGGGAACGCUGUGGUACCGCAUCCCGCCAGGGGGAGCAGCAGCAGCCGCUGGUGCCGCUGGGAACAGCAACACCACCAGCACUACCAACAGCACUACCAAUACUACCAGCACCACCAACACCACCAACACCACCAACAGCACGCUGCUGCUGCCGGCAUCCAUGCGCUGCGCCGUGUGGCGCUCCAAUGCGGUGUCACUGGCGGGACCGGGCCAGGUCCAGGAGUUGCCGCGGCCUCAGGACCCCAGCUCCGGCCCGCCGCCGCUGUCCUUCAGCCUGCCGCACCCGCGCGCCUCCUACCUGCCCUGCCCGGGCCCCGUGGGCACCUUCUGUCCCUCCGGCUACAACUUCACUCUGCGCCUCUCAGACAUCUUCCCGGCCGAGCUGCCCUCCAGCGCCUUGGGCACGCAGCUCUACGUGCGCUGCUGGGGCUGGCGGGCGGCAGGGCUGGCGGCGGGGCUGGUGGCGGUGCGCAGUGCGGGCUCCCUCAACACAGCCGUAUACCUGGGCGGCCAGCGGGUCUUCUACUCCCUGUCGCUGUCGUACGGGGACCCACUGAACCGCAUCCCCCGGGCGCCCAACGCCACGUCCCUCACACCGCCUCCCGCCGCCUCCGCCCCCACCUCCGCUUCCAAUGGCGGCAGCAAUACGACCGCCGCCGCCGCCGCCUCCUCCUCCUCCUCGCAGUACCGGCAGUUGCUGGUUGUGGAGUGGUUUGGCGUGACGGCGGGCGCGCGGCUGUCGGUUGUAGAGGGCUCCCUCAACACCUCCUCGCUCUACACCCCCAACCUGUCGGUGCAGGGGCUGGUGGCGUAGGGCUCAUCGCUCCUCGGUACGGCAUAGUUUUUAUGGUAGAGCAUGACGGUGCGUGGGGCUAAAUGGUAGGGAUCGGCGUAGCUGAAAAGGUAGGGCUUGCUUGGUGGAGCUAAACGGUGGGGCUUGGUGGAGCUAGACGGUAGGGCUUGGUGGAGCUGAAUGGCAGGGCUUGGUUGAGCUUGCAGGCCGCUGCCGAGCAGCCGUUCGAGGCGCAGCAAGGCCCAUCCACGUGGUGCACAUGCAGGCGUGCGCAUGCAGGUGUGUACAGGCGUGCGCAGGUGUGUACCGCGCACAGGUAUAUGCGGAUGUAGGUGUAGGUGCAGGUGUAGGUGCAGGUGCAGGUGCCUGAUAGGGGCCUGGUAGUACUUAUUGGUGCCGGCCUGCGGUGACCAGCUGCAGGAUGUGGGUUGUACGAUAACACGGUGAACGGUGAAGCUGUGUGCUUCGGGAGGCAUUCAUGCUUAGCGAUCCUUUGAAUGCAAUGCAAUGUUUUUGGGAACUUCUUUGUUGCGAGGGGCUAGUGCUGGUAGAUGGUCGCUUUGCAGGGGUGCUGUUUGGCGUGUGUUGUCCGCGCAUAGCCCGCCGGCCCCGGGGUAAGCAUCUCAGCACACCCAAGAUAAUGUGUUUGUGGAAUGUAGACAGGGGAACGGAGUCGGUAGGGAAAUCGCAGGAGCCCUGCAAGGAGGCAACCGGGAUGCUCGUGGGCCCUCCAGAAAUGCUUUCGUCGCUGUCGGUUGGCGCGCGUAGAUGCGGACUUGUGAGUUGAGACGCCCUUGUGUUGCAGGCGCGCGCAAUUUCGCGCUUAUAAGGGGCGCCGUAGGUUGUGACUGUCCCUGCUGCUGAUGGUGCAUAUGCAUGCAUGAGUUUUCAUCUCCCGCAUGGCCGCACGUUGCUGCCAUGCGGCUGCUAAAGCAUUUUGUGUGACUGGGGUGGGGCGAGUGACGUUGUUGUUGUUGGUUACAAGAGUGACGUAUCCGCCAUCCCGCCAGGCGCCCGGGCCUAGCUGGCCAUCAUUGGGACUGGAAAGGGACAUCCGGGCCACACGGGGCCACUCGCGUCAGGGAUCAGGACGUUGUCAUAGCCUGUUGGGAAUCCUCUCACUUGUAACUGGUGAUAGCGCAGGCGGCAUUGUGCGUGUUUGUGUGUGUGUGGGGGGGGGGCGGGCGGGGGUAGUGUCAGUAGCGGCUGGCCGAGGAAGGCGUGCAUGGCUUGUUCUCACGGGUGCGGUACUGGGUGGAAGCCUCCCCUUUGUGCAUCUGUGCAAACAGUAU